GAAGUCUCCACACAGAAAAAAAAGGGAGGGAAGGAGAGGAGAGGAGAGAAAAGCGAGAGGUUUACAUGUGGCUAUUUGAGGUGGCCAUUGAGUCAUGGAGCGAGACAGAAUAGCCGCCCUGAAGAGGUCCUUUGAGGUGGAGGACGUCGACACUUCAUCGCACUCGUCGCCCGGCUCCCGUCGGUCCACCAGCUCCCCUCACCGCAACGCCAUGUCUCCCACCAGCAUCUACUACCGCGACCUGGGCACCGCGGCCCAGGCCGCCACCACCAACAACAACAACCUCAACUACACCCAGCCCCGCUCCAUCAUGGGCGGCGGCGGCUCCAAGACCCCCGAGCCGGUGUCCCGGCGCUCGGAGCUGUCCAUCGACAUCUCGUCCUCCAGCAAGCAGGUGGACAACAUCACCAGCCCCGCCUCCAUGCGCUUCGUCAGCAACAGCGCCCUGAAACGUCCCGAGGUGCUGGGGCACUCCAAGACCCCCGAGAUGAGCCACAAGAGGGAGGUCACCUUCGCCAAGACUCCCACCGACUCCCCGGUGAUCCGCCGCAACGAGGGGAACAUCAACAACAACGGCACCGGCCGAGCCCCGGAGCAGAACCACGCCCGCAAGUUCGAGCCCCCGAGUCCCGGGGACAUCCGUAAACCCGAGAUCACCAUAUCCAGAGCUCCUCCGGAAAACAACGGCCACCACCCGGCGGUGCACCACCCGCACCACCCCAACCCGCAUCACAACACCAUCGUCACCACCUUCCGCUGCGCCUCGCCCAGCCACGGGCGCAAAUCCCCCAACCCUGACAGGUCAGAGGUCAAUCUGAGCCACAGCAACAUGUCUGAGUCCGCCAAGCCCCACCACCCCAGCCCUCAAGGCAAAGGGGAGAAGACCCCCGCCAGCGACUUCAGCUACGUGGGCAUCGACGCCAUCCUGGAGCAGAUGAGGAGGAAGGCCAUGAAGCAGGGCUUUGAGCUCAACAUCAUGGUCGUGGGACAAAGUGGCCUCGGGAAGUCCACCCUGAUGAACACGCUCUUUAAAUCCAAGGUGAGCCGUAAGUCGGUGCAGCCCAGCCCGGAGGAAAGGAUCCCCAAGACGAUCGAGAUCAAGUCCAUCAGUCACGACAUUGAAGAAAAGGGAGUGAGGAUGAAGCUGACGGUCAUCGAUACUCCUGGAUUUGGAGACCAAAUCAAUAAUGAAAACUGCUGGCAGCCCAUUAUGAAGUUCAUCAACGACCAGUAUGAAGCUUACCUGCAGGAAGAAAUCAACAUCAACAGGAAGAAACGGAUCCCGGACUCCCGGGUGCACUGCUGCAUAUACUUCAUCCCCCCCACCGGCCACUGUCUUCGGCCUCUGGACGUGGAGUUCAUGAGGCGCCUCAGCAAGGUGGUCAACAUCGUUCCCGUCAUCGCCAAGGCCGACACGCUCACCCUGGAGGAGAGGGACUACUUCAAACAGACGAUCAGGGAAGAGCUGCGAGCCAACGGGAUCGACGUUUACCCGCAGAAAGAGUUCGACGAGGAUGCAGAGGACCGGAUGAUCAAUGAUAAAAUCAGGGAGAUGAUCCCCUUUGCUGUGGUGGGCAGUGACCAGGAGUACCAAGUGAACGGGAAGAGGAUUCUGGGGAGGAAAACCAAAUGGGGAACCAUAGAAGUUGAGAACAUUGCACACUGUGAGUUUGCUUACCUGCGAGACCUCCUCAUCAGGACGCACAUGGAGAACAUCAAGGACAUCACAGGCAGCAUUCACUACGAGACAUACCGUGUCCGUCGACUGAACGAGUCCAACAUCCUGUUCACCUCGAACCCACCCGACCACCCUGUGGCUCAGCCCAAGACCAACGGGCAGCUGGAGGAGCAGCCCGUUGUCGUCCCGCAGGCCAACGGGGUGGCAGUUCAGCACGAAGUGCUGUCCCACGAGAUGUAGACGGCCUCAGGACACAGGCCGGCACUAAACACGGUUUACACACAGACACACACACAGAGACACACACAAACACACACGCUGUGAACACCAUUUCACUCAGAAGGACUACCUAACUCCAGAUUUUGAUGUCCCUGUAGGAUUGAAGACAUUUUUCUUCCAUGGGUUCUUUUUCUAAAUCAUCUUUCUCCAUCAUGGUUGAGGCGUCAGAGCGUCCAGUAGGUUGCAGGUUCACUGCCUACAAAAUCCUGGUUUCUUUUUCUGUCAGCACAGCUUCCAAAUUCACUUCAUUAAAUCAUUUAUAGUCCAAAAAAAAAAAAAAAAACCAAACCGUAGAUGUCUCAAUGCUGAGAUUAGGAUGUUUGCUUCAUUAUAGUGCAUGCAAGGGACUGUCGGGUUUAGAGCAUGUCGUGUAGAAAAGAGAAGAUGUGGAUGUGCAUAACUCAACAAGGUUGUGAUCAGACUUUUAAUAUAAGAAAUAAUAAUAAAAAAACAAACAUCAAUAUGUGGACAAUAUGCAUUUGCAAAACCUUGCAGAUGUUGGAGCUCUGGAGGAUGUGUCCACACAGGGAGAGAGAGAGCUUUAUUCAAAAUGAAGAACAGCAAAGGAGACUAUGUGAGAUUAGCUCUAAACUAGAAAUAUCUUGGUGCCACUGGCCAGGUCUGCUUUGUGUUGUGGUGUAUAGUAUUGUAUAGAUAUUAGGCUCGAGUAGGGAUGUUUAGAUUAGGUCUGUAGUAUUCUGGAGAAAGUAAAGAUAUUGUCGACAUCUCCACACUGUAAAACAAAAAAGAAAGCAAUAAUGGUGUGGAGCAGCAUUCGGGGAAAACUAGUCCUCCUGAGAUUUUCCCGUUGUGUUCUGAUGUUUUUAAGACCCCUUUAUGCCGAACCAUACUGCCUCUUUCUAUAUAAUGCCAAUGUUGUGUAUUACAGUCAUAUGUUGCAUUUUGCAUUGCUCAUUUACUGUUGUAUUUUUAUUGCUGAUGUUAAUGUUCUAAUGUUAUUGUAUCCAGAGGGGUGCAACUGUCCUCCCAUGCAGCUGUUUUGUCCAUUUUUCUGACUGUAAACCAAAUAAAAGUCCAUUUUUUUUCUGUUAUAAAGAGAAGCACAUACAGUAUAUAGAGUUGAUUUAUGAAUAGGUAUUUAUGUGUAUGUUUAUUGUAAUCAGUUAAAAUCAACUUUCAUUCCAGCUGUUGACUUCCUGAGAUUGCAGGUCUUAAACAGUGAUGAUGCUUUAGGUUUAGACUUUUUUUUUUUUUUAUUCCUUUUUCAUUUCAUUUCAUUCAGUAUGAUGUACCCUCUUUGCAAGACUGCACUAUAUCUAGCCAUGAUGACUUUUACCUGGUAGCAGUGUGGAAGUGCUCUGUUUUGUACUUUGAAUAAUAAUAAU